GUUGUCCUUUCUAUUCCCCUAUGAUUAAGGCGAGGUUCCGACUUCACCAGAAAGAGCCAAUGAUAGUCACAAGACCCUGCCGGAGCUGAAGCCAUGGGAGCGGCCCUCAACAUCUUCUUAGCUAUCCUUCUUCUUUCUAUCAUAAAUGGAGGCCGGGGAGCGCCAUGCAGUGUCUCGGAGAUAGCUAUCGAUCAGGCGAGGACUGGUGAUAUUGUUGAGGGAAAGCCAGAGUAUGAGGUGACAGUGAGCAACAAAUGUGAUUGCGCUCAGUCUAAGGUGUUUGUGCAGUGCUAUGGCCUCAGCAGUGUCGAACCGGUGGAUCGUCGGGCCAUCAGACCAGUGGAUGCUGAGCGCUGCGUUCUCGGAGAGGGCCAGCCGAUCCCCAGAGGGGUUCGCGUUAAGUUCAAGUAUGCAUGGAUGACACCCCAGGACUUCCCUGUGGUUAGCUCGCAUGUUCACUGUUAAUUGUUAAUAAAGAUAAUAAGGCAGAUGCCAUGUUUUGUGGCUUUGUUGUGUUCCGUUGGUUCUACUGUAACAGAUUAGAAGCUUGUUCUAUUAUGUUUCAUGUUUGUCAGCUAUCUACGCCAUGGGAAAUGGCAGCGAAAAGCCCAAUAAUGUUUUUCUUUUGUGUUUUAGUAACAGGUUAACAUUGUGGAAAAAAUUUCCUUGGCUAUCAAAUGGCUAAAAUUCCUUCUAUUAUUAUGAGAUGUUAA